UGUGGGUGUCAGACCUCUGGAGGAUGUCAUAACAAUCUACUUGAGCAGAUUGAUGAGAAUGCAGAGCUCCCACUCACCACGGUGACCAACAUUUUGACUGUAGUCUUCAACGCUACAGAGAAGGUUUUAGAUUCGCCAUCAUCAUCCGAGCCAGCUGAGCUGGCUUCAUUGGGAAACACUGUGUUAAAAGUCAGUGAGAAACUCAUUUCUACCCUUGUGAAGCCGACAAACACAAGUGCUAGAGUCAGUUUUACUCUUAGCGCUGUAGAUGUAAAAAUCUUCAUGGUUGGGCCAUCGGUCACUUUAGAUGAAAUCCCUCGACUGGACAUGACAGAUUCUUCUAUGGAUAUUGAUCUCAUUGACAUCGCCAACAACAACAUUGGAUCAGCUGCUGUUGCUAUCUUGAGCUACACCACAAUGGAGAAUCUCCUGAAGCCCGACUUCUUCAACCCACAAAAUAACAUGAUUAAAACCAUGAUGUCCACUGUGAUCUCGGCUACUCUUCCCAAAACCACCAACACUGCGCUCACCAAACCGGUCAACUUCACCUUCAGACACAUCAGAGAGUUUGACCCCAGAGGUUCUCUGUCCUGUGUGUACUGGAAUAUCAGUGAGUGGAUUGUAGAUGGUUGUUCUGUGUUAAACAACAACGGCAGCCACACUGUGUGUUCCUGUGUUCAUCUGUCCACAUUUGCUCUUGUGCAAACUAGCAGGCCUUCACCAGAGAUCAACUCAAUGAGUUUGGUGAUUGUGAUCAUUGGACUGGCGUCUGCCAUUUUGACCUUGUCAAUCUUCACUUUGUGUUGUUGGCGUCCUCUGAAAGAUCGCAUAUGUGGUCACUCUAGCUGUAUCAGGCUGAUUCCUAAAGGCUACAGCAGAGAAGAGUUGAGCAGCACUACACAAAGUGCUUCAGAUGUCUUUACUCUCAACUCCAACCCAACAGAGGCAUCUACUGCAAUAAAAUAUUAAACCCAUGAAGCAAAAUGACUACUGAAUUAAGCAGGUUAAAUGAUAUUCCUUAAAAAAAUUAUGUCUGCUGGUGAUGAAAUAAAUAUUACACAAUAUUAAUCAUUCUUUAUUCUGUAAAUUAUAUUAUAUAGAAGAAUAUUAAACAGUUUUUUUAAUAUUAAAUCUGCCAAUAAUACUGAUGUACAUAAAUUUUUGGAUGGAGGGCAAAAAUAUAUGUAUAAGCCAACUAGAAUAAAAAAAGCUCAUUAUGGAAUAAAUGCUAGUUAAAAAGGUAAAACCAUCAGCUCAAAUAUUUAAUAAAUCUGUUAAACUACUUUUUUAUUUAACUGUCGCUGCUUUAACUGCUAAAAACUGUUAUAUCUUGUUUAUUAGAUGCUCAUUCCUGCAUGUAAUGUGUGUCGUAUCUUAUUGCUACAUAGCUAUUAUAAACAUACAUGUAUGGUGAAAUGGAAAAGCCUUGUAAAGCCUUUUCAAAUCAUUGUAAAAAAGAAAAAAAUUAAUGUAUGUAAUCAUAGUGGUUUAUUAAUGUUAUUAAUCCAUAUGUCUUAUUUCUGUUGAUUGAGUUUGGACUGCUGGCUUUUUCUGCCAGUGAUCCCAAUUUACUGCAUAUUACUUCAUAUAUAUAUUCACAUCCCUCAUGCAAGAUAUAAAUGUAUUUUACUGAGGUAGGGUUGCAGGUUUGAUGUUGUGGUGUUCAUUUAAAACUAUAGUGAUGCCUUAUUCAAUGUUAUAAUGUUAAAUUCAUCUGUAUUUUCAAUCAUGACUUGUUUUUUGCUUUUAUUAAGGUCACAUUUCAG